UUACUUUUUGAGGCUAAAGUCAAAUAAAUUACCAACUCAAUUUGGUUCAAAUGAAUCUGAAGAAACCAGCAUUAAUCUAUCAAAAAUUAAUAUUGCAAGUUUGCAAAUCUGCAAGAAUUAUAAAUAUACUCCUCAAUUAGUAGCAGUGGCAAAUGGCAAACAAGCAUGUCAAGUACUGUGUGGUGGAUGCAUUUACAGAGUCCGCGUUUAAGGGGAACCCUGCUGCUGUGUGUUUCCUAGAAGAGGAGAAAGAUGAGACAUGGUUACAAGCUGUUGCAACUGAGUUCAAUAUUUCUCAGACAUGUUUCUUGACUCGGAUUGCGGCUGACUCGGUUUCUACCAACCCUCGGUUUGGCCUCAGGUGGUUCACUCCUGUUGCUGAGGUAAAACUGUGUGGCCAUGGGACUCUAGCUACAUCUCACUUUCUUUUCGACUCUGGUCUGGUUGAUGCUGAUGUGAUAGAGUUCUUGACACUUUCGGGAAUUUUAACUGCUAAGAGAGUUCCAGAUACCAAAAUAAUGACCGGUACACCCUUGGAGAAUGGUAACGGAUGUCAUGGUUUUUCUGUCGAAUUGAGUUUUCCAGCCCUUGCGUUGUCUGAUUAUGACUGCCCUGAAAAUUUGAUGAAUUCUCCGAGCUUGAGCAGCAUUAUUUCUACUCUUGAAAUAAAGAAAACUCCUUAUGAUGACCUCUUUAUUGUACUUCCAUCCGCGAAGGCAGUUUCAGAGUACCAGCCGCAAUUUAAUGAGAUACAAAAACUACCUGGCAGAGGACUUAUUAUUACAGCCCUUGCACCUGUUGGUUCUGGUUUCGACUUCUAUAGUCGCUUCUUCUGUCCCAAAUUUGGGAUAAAUGAGGAUCCUGUUUGUGGGAGUGCACACUGCGCCUUAGCGCCCUACUGGUGCCAAAAGCUGGGAACUACAGAAUUGGUCGCAUAUCAGGCAUCUCCUAGAGGCGGCAUUCUAAACCUGCGUGUAGAUGAGAAGAAUCAGAGAGUAUUUCUCCGAGGAAAAUCCGUUACUGUCAUGGAAGGUUCACUUCUAGCUUAAAAUGAAGUCGUUUCUACAAGCUAUGGUAUGAGAAAUGGGCAAACUCCUGGUGUUACAAGACCAAAAUAAUCUCGAUCUUCUUAUCUUUACUGUUGUAAUGUACUAUGGUAAAAACCUGCAUUUACAUGUUUCCUACUUUGCUAAUUUUUCGUAUUCAGAAUAGAUUUGGUUUCCGAUGAUGAAA